AUGAACUUGAACAAGCUGUCAAAAGUCGGACGAUGUUUCUGGAAUGAAUUUCAUGCUGCUGAUGUUACGCGAGAUGAUGAAGCUGGUGUUGUCCCAGUAUCCGAAUUAUAUGCACUGCUCAGCAGGACUUGCAACCGAACACUUGAUCUCGGCUUUGAUUUCCCCGAUGAACAGGAUGAUUACGACAUUGACGAUGAGACAUUUCCGCCCCCAUCCCAAUCUGUGGAUAAGAAUCCCACAAAUCAACUUUCGUCCGAUGCUCCAGCAUCUAUUUCCAGAACUGACAACUCAACUGUUACGCAACACAAAGAACCAAUCGACGAAAAAGAACGAGACAACAAGAUGACCAAACCAACUCAAGACAAACACUCAGAGUCAUUGCUACAAGCAAUGGCCCAAGAUGGACCAGAUGCAAGUCUAGAAGAUCGAAUGGCGAAUGAACCAAUGUCGCCUAUGGAACGAAUAUGUAUGCUUGAAAAGAGUCAUGAAGAGAUCCAUAGACUGCUACUGGCUAAGGAACUCGCCGAAACUCUCGACGAGAUUACUGUGGAACAGGCUGUUUGCGACGUACUUCCAAUGAUUCACCGAGUCGGUACCGAUCCAGACGAGACUGUACGCGAACAGUUGGCCAGCGAACUCGAUAAGAUGAUCAUGUAUUACUACAAGAACGCACCGCCAUUGGCACCGGCGCCAGCACCAGUCAGUAAAAUGAAACAAUCGCCGGAAUCCGAAUCCCCUCUCUCACCCAGUCAAGACGUCGAAAUGACCACAGUUUCUCUCAAUUUCAACCCUCUUGACAACCCCACAUCAAACCAACCAAACCCUACUCCAGCUCCAACUACUACUCACACUCCUACCACCACUACCACCACUACCACCACUACCAUUACCAAAAAAAAACCUACCCAGCCCGAAUUUCAUAUCCAAUCCCAAGUAUUUGCACCCCUGUUGAUCAAUUUCUUGCUUGACCAGAACACUGCCCUUACUAAUCUUGGACAACAAUGCAUAAUGUCUGUUGCCAAUUUCCUUGUCUCAAAAGACACGGAUUUCUAUCGAUCCCUGCUACAGAGUGAUAUUAUUGAUGGUGUGUUGAUGGGAUUAGUGGCAAUUUCUGAAGGAAAAUCACAUCAUGGUCAGGAUGACGACGAAAACGAUGGCGGCGAAGACGAUCACAACAACAACAAUAGUAGUGGUGGCAAUAAUAGUGAUAGUAUGGAUAUCGAACACAACCAAGCUAGACGUGCGUCUGCCAACAGACGAGGGAGUGUACCAGGAUUUGAAGGGUCUGGAUACAUGAGCAGCUUCCAGUCCUCGGAAGAACCAGAGGAAGGGGAUAUGAAUAUGGCUAAAAUGACAUGCUUGACUUUGAUCAGUGCUAUUGCGCAUAUUUUGGGUCCUGAUUUAUGUAUCAAACACUGUGUGCCAAUUGUUGAAAAGCUGGCAAAGGAUAACAUGUUUUUUGUCCGUAAAGAAGCCGGAGUGACUAUUGGAAGUCUUGCUUCUGUUAUGAGUCAGCAGGAUGUGAUUGAACGAUUGCUUCCAAUAUAUCAUAGCUUCUCAAAAGAUAAUAUCUGGCAUGUUCGUCAAGCAUGUGUUAUUUCUCUUCCACCAUUAUGUGGUGCAUUACCAGAGGAUCAAAAGGUUCAAUUGGCGGUCGAAGGAAUCGUAUUAUUUGAGACUGAUACAUCCCGCAACGUACGCAGUACUCUGGCAGAGACGGUGGGAGAGUUAAUUGCAAAAUUCUUACCAAAUGACUGGGAGACAACUCGAAGACCUGGAAAGGUUCCCGAAGUAUUACUGGAAUUUUUCUUGUCAUUGGCUAAUACAGCAACGUCUGGCCAAAUGUUUAAGCUGGAAACAGAUCGAGCCAUUAUUUGUGCCUACAACUUCCCCGUGGCAGUAUUGACGGCCGGCCACGAAUAUUGGGAUUCUCACCUUAGGGAAACCUAUCUAAAUCUGACCAAGAACUACCAGAUCAAGGUUCGAUGCACAUUCGCGUAUUCUCUUCACGAGAUCGCGCGUAUCAUCGGACCAGAAAACACCGAGCGUGAUCUUGUACAGAUAUUUGCCAUGUAUCUAAUGGAUCUGGACGACGUCAAACAAGGUGUAUUAGAACACCUGGCUGAUUUUUUGGGUACUCUGGCGGUCACUUCUCGUAACGAAUACAUUCCAAUUCUGGCUGAAGUUUGGGAUGGUGUGAUGACAAAUUGGCGUCUGAGAGCUAUUCUGACAGCACAAUUGAGAGACAUUGCCUUGUUGUUUGAUGCUUCACGCGUGGUUGAACAUAUCUUACCGUUGGCCAUCAGAGCAUGUCAUGACGAGUAUGCAGCCGUAAGAGAGACAGGCGUACGAGUGUUUCCUGUGAUUCUAGAAGUCGUUAAGCAGGCUGUGGUUGAAGAAAAUGAAUCAGAUACCCAGAGCUUUGAUGAAGACGAGGAUCUGGCAGGCAAUAAAAUUGCUUUGUUGAGUCACGUCAUGGAGAGAUUGGAUGAAUUUGCAAAGGCAGAAAUGUACCGUUCUAGACUUGUAUUUGCCAAUAUUUGUAAGAUGCUACUCGAAGUUGGCAUUUCUGCAGCCGAUUUUGGUGCGUUCUUUAUUCCUAGAUUAGGGCCUCUGGCCUACGACCCUAUUGUGAAUGUGCGAAUUGCAGCAGCAAGGACCAUAAGAGUAGCUUACAAAGAUGAUCGAUUUUGUAAAGCCUUGUAUGCAAUUCAUCCAUUGGAAGGGAUUGAUCAUGAUGAGGUUCCUCCUGGACAGGCUAUCGAUCACAUGCUGUACCGGUUUGCACUGGAUAGUGAUAAGGAUGUACGUUCAUUUGCAGAAGACCUAGUGGAUCCGAUCCAGUUAGAGGAACGUAGAUGUGAAAUGAAGGCUGCGGAAGAAGUUGCGAUUGAUGUACCUGUGAGAACCUACGUUUCUGGAGAUUAUUAUGGCAGUAGCUCUGUGGAUGGAAUUGGAAAUGGAGAUACAAAAGCUGAGGAACUAAGGGCUAGUACACACAUGCAGGAGAUUGACAGGACGUCUUCGUCUUCGUCUUCUGUUACAACUGAUUCAAGUGGUGUGAAUUCGAUGGAAGACGAAGAAAGUUCCGCGCACAGACAACAUCAAGAAGAAAACACACACAUGGAAGAGGAUGAGCCAAUGGGAGAUUUGAACAGACCGACAAAGUCAAUUGAGAGUGACGAGACAGAUAAAGAGUAUGUCUAUCUCUCUAAAAGUCCACCUCUUCGUGAUAGUUCACCAACUACAUCUGUUGUGAUUAAAAGAUAGUCACUACAAAUUAUGCCCAAAAAAAAUACGACUCCCAAAAAAUAUUAUAAUACCAUACGCUAUUUCCCAGAUUUAUGCGAUACC